AUGGAUGAUUGCAAAGAGACAAAUACUCCUAUGAAUCAAAAGGAGAAGUUGUGCAAGGAAGAUGGUACUGAUAAAGUUGAUGAAGGGUACUUUAGAAGUUUGAUUGGUUGCUUGAUGUAUCUUACAGCAACUCGUCUUGACAUUUUGAAUGUUGUGAAUAUUGUAUCUAGAUUUAUGCAUUGUGCAAGUGAACUUCAUCUCAAGGUUGCAAAGAGAGUGAUUCGAUAUGUAAAAGGAACAAGUGGUUUUGGUGUUAAAUUUACAAGGAGCAAGGAGUUCAAGUUGGUUGGUUUCUCUGACAGUGAUUGGGGAGGUUAUGUUGAUGAUGUGAGGAGCACUUCAAGCUACUAUUUUACUAUUAGAUCUGUUGUUUUUUUGUGGAACUCAAAAAAGCAAGAAACAGUGACUCAAUCCACUGUUGAGGUAGAGUUUAUUGUUGCAACAACUCUUGUUAAUCGAGCUUUGUGGCUAAGGAAGAUUUUAAUUGAUCUUAAUCUAUAG